GGGAAGCGGGAUGCUGACAGAUUCCUGAUAGAUGGCUAAAAUGGCGAAAGCGUGUUGAGUCGUCCUGCGGGUCCGAACAUGUACCCGGAUGCUCCUCAGCCUCACCUGUUAACUUCACCUUGUUUCCCGCACCUGCUGGAAUAUUCGCCCGUUUAAAUGGCCUCCGCCAGGCAAUGUCGCCUGGCUGCUUGCUUUUUGGGGAUCCUCCUGAACGCCUUCGUGGGUGUGUCAUCCGAUGCAGAGCUCUCCUUCACCCUGGAGCCCAGUGACAUCAUCGCGGUGCAGCAGCAGCCCCUCAUGCUCCACUGCCAGGUGAACGGCAUCCCCCCUAUCACAACACAAUGGAGGCACAACGGCGUUCUUUUAACUCAGGACCAGUGUCACACCACCUUCAUCAACGGCUCCCUCCUAAUUGGCCACUUCCUGAAGACCAAGUCUGACAACUCGUCUGAUGAAGGCGACUACGAGUGUGUGGCCCAGAAUUCUUUUGGGUUGGUAGUGAGCCGAAAGGCGCGGAUACAAGCAGCCACCAUGGCCAACUUCCACGUACAACCUGAGGCGGCGCAUGUUGAGGAGUCUGGUGUGGCCAGAUUCCAGUGCCAGAUUCACGGCCUGCCGGAGCCCGUUAUCAGCUGGGAAAAAGAUGGCCGUCCUGUGGACACCAAGGACAAAAGGUACACCCUUUUACCGACGGGUGUCCUGCAGAUCACAGGAGUACGCGAGGAGGACAGUGGAAAGUUCUGCUGUGUGGCUCAUAACAGCGCAGGAGUUAAACACAGCACUGAGGCCCUCCUUACGGUUUCAGGUUCGCAGUCUUCUGUUUACAAAGAACCAAUGAUCCUAGUCGGACCGGAAAACCUCACCCUCACUGUUCACCAAACCGCCAUUUUGGAAUGUGUUGCCACAGGAUACCCUCGGCCCAUCGUGUCUUGGAGCAGGCUAGAUGGCCGUCCUAUCGGUGUGGAGGGAAUCCAAGUGCUCGGCACUGGCAACUUGAUGAUUUCUGAUGUUGGUGUGCAACACUCGGGUGUUUAUGUGUGUGCUGCCAACAAACCCGGGACCCGUGUUCGCAGGACUGCUCAGGGCCGCUUGGUGGUCCAAGCUCCUGCAGAGUUCACUCAACCUCCGCAGUCUAUUGCGCGACCCGUCGGGACCACCGCCAUCUUCACGUGCCAAGCCCAGGGCGAACCUGAGCCCCAACUCACCUGGUUGAAGAACGGCCAGAUCCUAGAGCCCGGGGGGCACGUCAAACUCAGGAACAGCAACAGUACGCUGACCAUCUACGGCAUCAGCCAGGACGACGAGGCCAUCUAUCAAUGCAUCGCAGAGAACAGCGCCGGCUCCACGCAGGCCAGCGCUCGCCUCACAGUGCUCUGGGCUGACGGCCUCCCUGGCGUGCCCACCAACGUGCAGGCUGAGGCCCUAUCACCCACCACCAUCCAGGUGUCCUGGAGGGAGCCUGAUCAGAACACGCAGGACAUCAUCGGUUACGUCCUCCAUAUACGCAGGACCGCAGACCCUGCGGAGAUGGAGUAUGAGGAGGCCGUCAGUAAGGCGACGCUGCAGCUGAUCAUUCGAGAUCUGGAGCCUUCCACCAGCUACACCUUCUACGUCAAGGCCUACACAUCACACGGUGCCAGCAAACCAUCGGACAGUGUCAUGGAGAAUACUCACGGGGAAGUUCCAGCACCUCCCUCGCUCUUCACCAAAGUGGUGAACAGCAGCGUGGUGCAAGCAGUGUGGGAAGCUUCCACCAAGAUGGGUCCACACCAAGGCUUCAGACUCUAUUACAGAAGGGCCCAUACAGCAGUAUUUACUGGACCCAUCGUCUUGCCACGCAACGCCUCCCAGUACAACAUCACUCAGCUGGAUCCCUCACUGGUCUACGAGAUUAAUCUGCUGGCCUACAACCAACACGGAGAUGGCAACGCCACCAUGCGCUUUGUUUCACUUCGGGAUGCUUUGGAGAAAUCUGUUCUGGACGCCUCAUGCGACUGUGUGCAAGACGAGCAAAGCAAAACGUCAACUACUGGCAUCAUAAUUGGUAUUCACAUCGGAGUCACCUGUAUCAUCUUCUGCGUUCUCUUCCUUGUCUUCAGCUACCGCGGAAGGUUGAUGAUGUGUAAGGCAGUUCAGGCAACCCCUCCGGCGGCACACAACCCAGCACUGGAGUCCUCCACCUUUUCCCAGGGGGCCUCUGGCCUGAACUCGGCCACCAGGAGGGAAAUGGAGGUCAAUGGCAGCACAGGAGGUAACAAAGUGGUUGACAGGAAUGAGCUGGAGAGACUUUUCCCUCAACCCAACACACAAGACACACGCAAGGCUGACUCAACCGUGGUGUCAUACUCACCUGAUGACACCCAGCUGUCCACAAUAGCGCUCGACGAAUUCACUGUCGAGCGGGACACAGACACGCAGUUCCUGGAGUCUCCCGCAACACGAACGGGUCCACAGAACCAAGGCUAAUCAGCGUACGAAGGCCAAUCCACACGCCCCCGUGUCCGCAGUGUCCACUCAGUUUCGUUCUCACUCAGGUUGUUCUUUCAAAGUAGUUUGCAUUUUUGUGCAACGAUUUGUAUUCGUAAGUUAAAGGAGUUGUAGGGAGUUUAGGACUGGUUUCAGGAAAGUUGUGUUUAGCCAGGCUGACCAGUUUAGUGUUCUCGGACUGUCACUAUUCGGUCCUUUGUUGAUUUUCUGGUGUUAGGCAGCACACAGAAGAGCCAAAAUGUCCUUGUUAUACAAAGAUGAUUUCAUGUUUAAGUUUAUAUAUUUACAUACUGUAUAUCUUUAUCAUCUCUGUGUCAAAGUGGUUCUAAGUUAUUGGUCUUAUCGCUACUUUCCUGUGGAUGUCAAAGAUGCCUGCUGCCUGCUCUAACAUACCAACGAUUCCAUCUCAGAAGACCUAAGCCUUUUUCAAGGGACUCGGCGUGUUCUGUCUCAGGACUUUUGGGUUAUUCAGUCGGGAAUUCUGGGCCUUCAUGCAAGCGAUUGUGUGAAGCUUGUUGUUCAACAAACACCUACCUCAGCCGGAAUGAAUGUGUUGUGGGAAGCCUUUAGGGAGCUUCCACUGUGUUUUCACUUACUGUACAUGCGGAGGAACUGAUGGGUCCGAAUUACAAGAUCAGGUGCCGCACUACCUCAGAUGUCAAAAAAAAAAUCGUCUCUCCUAAGCUCCUCUCGUGCUUGUCAAGGCAAAAAAAACGGCGAGUAUCCAACAUGAAGCACUUCCAAAUGCUGAAUUUAAUGUUCUACCUCAAAAAUAACAUUUUAAUGUUGUCAUUGUUCUAGUUGUUGUUUGUUGCAUAAUGAAAACAUUGUCAUUCUCUAUUUGGUUUGAGGAAUUUGAUAUUUGUAACUACGAUGUUGUCUAGUACCACAUGCAGGAUUAUAUCGUGUUUGCGUGUAAGUGUAUUAGGGCCACGCUGAAAAGAGAAAAGUGAGUUAUGAGUUUAAACUUUAAAGGGAAAAUAUUACCAGAACAAUGAUUGGAUUUUACAAGAAUAAAUUAGCUUCUGCCUCACAAUACGAACGUCCUGAGUAAUCCUGAGUUCAAUCCCGGGCUCGGGAUCUUUCUGUGUGGAGUUUGCAUGUUUUCCCCGUGACUGCGUGGAUUCCCUCCAGGUACUCCGGCUUUCUCCCACUUCCAAAGACAUGCACCUGGGGAUAGGUUGAUUGGCAACACUAAAUUGGCCCUAGUGUGAAUGUGAGUGUGAAUGUUGUCUGUCUAUCUGGGUUGGCUCUGGGAUGAGUUGGCAACUUGUCCAGUGUGUACCCCGCCUUCUGCCCGAUUGUAGCUGAGAUAGGCUCCAGCGCCCCCCGCCACUCCGAAGGGAAUAAGCGGUAGAAUAUGGAUGGAUGGAUAAGAGAAGCCUACCCUUGACCCCUGACCUAGCGCAGUAGAAUAGGUGUGGUCGUGGGGGAAACAUGCCAAAUUGAGUGUUUUGUCCAAGAGGAGAAGCAUACAGAUUUACCCUGUCCUAAUUACCGUAUUUUUCGGAUUAUUUGUCGCUCCAAAGUAUACGUCACACCUGCCGAAAAUGCAUAAUAAAGAAGAAAUUGGGGGAAAUUUAUUUGAUAAAAUCCAACACCAAGAUCAGACAUUUGAAAGGCAAUUUAAAAUAAAUAAAGAAUAGUGAACAUCAGGCUGAAUAAGUGUACGUUAUAUGAGGCAUAAAUAACCAACUGAGAAGGUGCCUGGUAUGUUAACGUAACAUAUUAUGGUAAGAGUCAUUCAAAUAACUAUAACAUAUAGAACAUGCUAUACGUUUACCAAACAAUCUGUCACUCCUAAUCGUGACAUCCCAUGAAAUCUUCUUCCUCGAUGUCGCUUCUAAACAACUCUGCCAACUCCAAACGUAUGUGCCGUUUCCUCUUGUCAUUUUCUGCUGCAUAUUUCACUACGUCCAGCUUGUAAUCUGCAGUACAUGAUUUCCUUUUCGGUGCCAUUUUUGUUCAGCACUUCUCAGUUUUUAUAAGUUACCGCGAACGUUGAAAUGAUCCAUUUUAAUAGCUACGGCAGUAGCAUAUAGCAUAUAGCAGUUAGCAUUCCAUGACCCACAAUGCACUUCUGCCAUGACCCUCCCCCGCCGAAUUCUUAUUGGUUGAAGUAUGUGCAAGGAUUGCUGACAUUUUCUUCAUCUCUUCCGCGAAUGAGAUAAAUAAUAUUAUUUGAUAUUUUACGGUAAUGUGUUAAUAAUUUCGCACACAAGUCGCUCCGGAGUAUAAGUCGCACCCCUGGCCAAACUAUGAAAAAAACUGCGACUUAUAGUCUGAAAAAUACGGUAUUAUUUUUUAAAAUCAGGUUAAUCUCACUUUUGGAAUUUGAUGAAUAAAUGCAUUAAAAUUACUUGCUUUAUUUUAAUAAAUUAAUAUAAGCUAACAUUUUAGCCCGAAUGCAAUGUCAUUGUCAGAAUGCCACGCACUUGAAUGCACCUCAUUUAUAUUCUCAAACCCCAGCGACACUUUGUACUAAAUGUAUAUGUAAAGUGUAAUCAUUGACCCGAUCCCUAACCGUAUAACAAGCCGCUCCACCUUUCUACAGUUAAAUUACAGGAAAAUAAACUGCCUGUUAUACUCUUGACAACACUACUCUUAACUCAUCUUGAGAUUUUUUUUUUUAACUCAAUUUCUUUGUAAAAGCAGGAGCGGGCCCUUUUAAGAUAUAAAGUCUACAAAAGAGGAAAUAUGUAUCAUUCCACCAGUUAAAUUACAUUAAAAUUCCCUUUUGUUUUUGACCGAUUCAAAACAAGGACUGGAUUUUUAGCAGUCACCCUUUAUUCUCGUAACUCCACUUUUUUUUCUUUUUAGCGUGGCCAAAUACUAAUAGCGUUCCAUUUGAAAAUUGUUUUUAUCAUUAUUAUGUUUGUUUUAAUUGUACUUUUGGGGGACGAAAAAAAAAAACAUUCUGCAUUGAAAAUAACAUUAUCCAGACUAUUUCCUGCUAAAUGAGCUGUGCUACUGCUCAUUUGGUUGAAAGGCAAAAUGACACAAAUGUGUGGUAGGAUUGAUUGAGUGUUGUGUGUGUGUCAAAAAGAAAAAACAUUUUCAUGAGUUUUAAUGAAUUUUCAUGUAUUAGAUUUCAACACAAGCACAAAUCUGAACUGGCAAGAAAUAUUACACGUUCACUGGCAAUGUCCAGUGUUUUGGUCGAUCAUUGACGCGUCUCUUGCUGAGGGUGAGAUGAGAAGGUUGAUGUUACUUCACAGAUCUAAUUGGGAAGACGAGUAGGUGUGAAGUACUAGUUUUCCCGCCUGUGCAAGGGGAUAUAUUGUAAUAAAUCCUGUCAAUGUUCUGCAGGUAUCUGCACUGUAAAGAAGAGCUGUCAAAAUAUAACAUACAAAGACAGCAUUUCAGGAAAACAACUAAAAACAAGUUCAAUUAAAUAGCUGCACGGACAGUUAAUUUUACUUGGUUUAACAUCCUAAAUUAGGUUUUAUGUGUGUAGAAAUUGGCAGGACUGUCAUGUCUUGUGAUCAUGUUUUCUUUAGUUAUAUUCUGUUUGUUUUUGACUCCAUUAGUUCCUGUUUUUGCGCACCCUGGUUUGUUUUAGUUUCCAUGACAACUCAUUAGGUUCACCUGUACUCAUUUGGACUC